AUGCCGAGUGCGCCAUAUUGGGGCGAUCUGUCGGGCCCCAAAUCUGCCAGACGCCAGCGACGCCAGUCUGAGGAUUUUAGUCUGCCAGAACGCAGACCAUCUCCCAUUCAUCAGCUGGACCCUAUGACAACGGACAAACCUCUUCCUGCCCCUCCCCCAAAGUCAAACCGCACCUCUCUCCAGACGACAAACACCGAGGCCGUCACCGAGUCGACCCUCAGUCCCUUCGUCUCACCUACAGCCUCCAACUUCCCAGACGAAGGCCUUGCCCCGCGCCCGCCUACCUUUCCCUACGGCGAGUCGCAAUACCCAGAAGACCAGCAGGCUGAGAGGCGCCAGCGACGACGCAGAGAGCGCAACGAGCAGGAGGAGAUUUCUCCCAUCGAGCCCUACGACCUGCCCGCGGGCGCCACGCCUCCAGCAGCUCCCGAUGUGCCCAAGGGCCCUCCCGUGAGCUACAGAAACCCGUACGGCAACGGCGGGCUGCCUUAUACACAUGCCGUCUCAGGAUCUCGCCCUCCGCGACACCCCAGCCCGCUGGUGAGCCCAGACGACGGAGACAUCAUGAAUCCCGAGGGAUACUACAGGGACCCCGCGCCCGAGAGAGAGGCUGCGCCGCCGCAGCAAGUACAGCAGCAACAUCAGCAGCAGAACCCGCCGCUCGAUCGCGCCCAGACGCUCGAUGUAAACGAGAGGCCCCGCGAGUCCAAGGGCUCGUCGAGAAGGAGGUCAGAAGGACAUAGGAAAUCUUCAGGAGGAGGAUCCAGAAAGUUCGCCAACGACCGCUCUCCACUUCAAAGACUCGAGCUGACGCUCGACAGCAUCACCAAAGAGGAGAAGCGAGCUCGUGUCGAGGCUGCGGAGCGCCGCGCGAGAGAGAAGGCUGCGGCAGCUGCAGCGCAGAACCCCGACCUCCUCCAACUUCCUGAAGCGACACACCGCCUUCCGCGAUCGAAGCAACGGCAACAACAGCAACAACCGCCCGUGAUCAAGCAGGAGCCUCAAAGGCCGCUUCCUGAACCUCCCCAGCAACCGACCGCUUCGGUUCCGCAAGUGCGAUUCAGCGACGUUUCGUACGACGAGGAUGACUGGCGGGGCACAGCGCCUGAGCAACAGGCUAAUGUCGCUGCUCCCAGAGGAGCCCCUCCGCAACACCACCCAGAAGACAGACGGCAUGCGCCGGCGCGCGUGUCGCUCGAUGAUGCGCGGCGGCAGCCUCGAUAUGUGUCGGAAGAGGAAGGGUACUAUGGUGGCCAAUAUCAGCAGAGAGCGCCUGCGAUGGCUGCUACAAGACAUGCGCCAGCUCCCUCCGGGGGUGUUCCUCAGAGAAGUGUCAGCUUGCGUGAAGAACCUAGACAGGCGCCACCAGAAAACUCAGGCAUUCCUAAGCGUAACUUGAGCUUCCGUGAGCGCGCUGCAAAGAAUGAUCUGAACCUCCCCAAGGCCGCUGUUGACAAAGAUCUGAGCCCAGAGACAAGCCCUGAGCCGACGCCGCCGGUGAAGGGUUCUCGGAGACCUAGCUGGUCUCUCACUAGGAGUGGGAGCAACAAGCUUAAGAAGCAACCAAAGGGUGACCCGUGGUUCAACAUUCGACAGGAUGCUGAGAAGAAGUAUGAGAACACCGACUUCCGCAACGCGGCUUUGGAUGAGUCGGCGGCUGCGAAGGGUGGCCCUCCCGUCAAGAGGUCCGCGUCGCACGCGGCGCAUGAACAGGCAUUGCCCCCGGACGCCACGCAUGAAGAGGUCAGACGAGCCGGGAUUCCCAGUAAGGCUGCGAGGUUAAUUGGCAUUGAAUCUGGAGGAGUCCAACGACGUGCUACGGCACCUAUCAGUCGCCGUGAUUAUGAGCACGACGACGAGGCUUACUUUGAGCCCGUCGCAUCAGGCGGCCGUGGCGAUGAAGCUCAGCACGCGUCUCACAAAGCGGCGACUGAGCGCGGCAGACAGUAUGAGCGGGACUACUAUUCUGACGACGAGGAGUACGAUGAGCGCGGUCACCGCAUCACCAACAAGCUGUAUCACGGCCGCGAUAGCUUCCGCCCUGGCGAGGGUACGUACAAGCCGCCCAAGUACCUCGACGAGUGGAAAAAGGCAACAGUUGGCAGUUUGUCUGGCUCCCUUCUGGAUCUCAGCGACGAUCAACUUCCCACGCUCGAUAAGAACACGCCAUGGUGGGAGGGAAGUGGAAAGCGCAGAGGAAGCGCCUCUCGGCCGCGCAAGGCGGAAGCAUUUGAUGGCGAGUACGAUGAGACUAAUGCUCCCACGAGGUUCAAACCACCACUGUAUCUCAAGUGUGGCCCUCUGUUGAGGUACUGCGGACUGAAGCACGAGAAGAUCCCUCCCCGCGCCAGGAACGCUGCAGCCACCGAACGCACCAUGUGGCGUGGCUCAGUGAUGAUCGUGACGCAGGACAGCGAUUCUUCGUACGAGAUUGCGCCGACCUUGCGGCUGUUUGUGCAGCCCCUUGAGCUGCUUCCACCGCCACCGCAGAUCAUCCCUGGAGAGCAGGACCUGCCUCCGGAGUACGUGGACCCAAUUGCAGGCAUGCCGAAGUUGGGGAGACGGGGCGAAACUCUCUACGUCCGACCCGUAGACCACCUCGAGGAGGCCAAGGACUUGUCGAGAGACGAGACAGACAACGGGCUGUUUGAGAAAACAAAGAGUCCCCCGGAUGUCCCCCCGGCGGAUGGGUCUCUGGACUACCCGGGAUCUUUCUCAAGCCGCCGCAAGCGUGUCAAGCUUGAUGGAGAAAAGGUCUCCAAGUACAAGGACGUCCGCGGGUUCCGACUGCACUCAGAGCGUGGCUGCACCUUCUGGCGAUUCAAUAUCGAGAUUGAACUCCGCGAGAAGCAGCAACGGAUCGCUUACCGUAUUAACCGUGGCCCUUCAACGGGAUUCUGGGUCCCCGCAGCUGGGGAGUCCAUGAACAUCAUGUUCCACAGCUGCAACGGCUUCAGCAUGAGCGUGAACCCCGACGACUUUAGCGGACCUGACCCAAUGUGGCGCGAUGUUUUGAACACUCACCAGUCGCAACCAUUCCAUGUCAUGCUUGGUGGUGGUGAUCAGAUCUACAACGACUGCUUGAUGGACCAGAGUAAGCAAUUCCGCGAGUGGUUGAUGAUCAAGAAUCCGCUGCAUAAGCACAAUGCGCCAUUCACCCCCACGAUGCAGGACGAAUUGGAGAGGGCCUAUCUCGAAAGGUACUGCAUGUGGUUUUCCCAAGGGCUCUUUGGUCUGGCCAACUCGCAGAUUCCCAUGGUCAACAUGUGGGAUGAUCACGACAUUUCCGACGGGUUCGGCUCGUACGGUCACCACGAUAUGAGUUCGCCAGUAUUUUCUGGUCUCGGCAACGUUGCUUUCAAGUACUAUAUGCUCUUCCAGCACCAAAGCGUCCCUGUCGAGACAGAGACUUCAGAGCCUAGCUGGAUUCUUGGCACUCAACCCGGUCCCUACAUCAAUGAGCAGAGUCGCAGCUUGUUCGUCGAGUUGGGCUCCAAGGUUGCGCUGUUGGCUGUGGAUGCCAGAACUGAGCGGACGGAAGGUGAUGUCGUUAGCGAGGACACCUGGCAGCACAUGAUGGACCGCUGCUACGACGAGCUCAGGAAUGGCAGAACUCAGCAUCUGCUAGUUUUGCUGGGCGUGCCGAUUGCAUACCCCAGACUGGUCUGGUUGGAGAACAUUCUCACCUCAAGAGCCAUGGAUCCUGUCAAGGCUCUCGGCAAGCUGGGAAUGCUUGGCAACACUUUGAACCACAUUGACGGUGGUGUUGAGGUCUUGGAUGACCUGAACGACCACUGGACUGCCAAGAACCACAAGAAGGAGCGAGAGAUUGUAAUCCAGGACAUGCAAGACUUAGCAGCGGACAAGUCAGUCAGAGUCACCUUCCUCAGUGGUGACGUUCACCUUGCGGCUGUUGGCCAGUUCUACGCCAACCCCAAGCUCAACCUGCCCAAGCACAAGGACUUCCGCUACAUGCCCAACGUCAUUUCAUCAGCCAUCGUCAACACCCCUCCCCCUGAUCUGAUGGCGGACAUCCUGAACAAGCGCAACAAGGUUCACCACUUUGACGACUCGACUGAUGAGAACAUGAUCCCGCUCUUCGGCCACGGAGUCGACGGCAAGCCCCGAAACAACAAGCACUUGCUGCCGCACCGCAACUGGUGUUCCAUUCGUGAAUGGGCUCCCGGCACCACGCCGCCCCCCACGCCUCCCUUGUCGGCCUACGAUAGAAGCCCUAGCCCGCCUCCGAGCCGUGGCGGUGGUCUUUUGCGCCGCUUCUCCUCGAACAAGGGUCCUGGUUACCGCCCUGACAUUCAGAAGGACUCUCCACAGGACCCCUCUCGGCCUCCCAUCUCCAACAGCGGCAAGACGGGCGGUCUGUUCCGAAGGCUCUCGCGUCGUAACUCGACUGACGGGGGCCGACCGGCUGAACCCGCCAAGCCGAAGCGUUCAAUGUCGUUGACACGCAAUUUCUUCAGUCGCAAGACCAGCAAGAAGUCGCGGCCUGAUGACGGCGGCAUCAACGGCAAUUGGGGAGAGGAAGACGACGACAGAGGUUCCAUUAGCACGGCCGAAGACGGCCAUUACGGUUACGACACCUACGAUGACAGACCGGCGGUGCAGCCCCGUGUAAGAGGAAUGGGACUUCGCGGAGGUGGCGGCCACGAUGAAUACAACUCUGGCGAUGAUUCGUACUUCACGGCUCGCCCAGCCGCGCGCAUGAGGGGCGCGCCUAUUCCGCAGGGCCCGCAACACAAUGAAUUCCAACCUGGCGACGAGUCUCAAUUUAGCGCUCGUCCACCGACUCGCGCUCGCACUAUGAGUACUGAGCGUUCGGCCGCCAUGCCGCCACCCAGGCCAUUCCAUCGUACCCCCACCGGCUUGUCGGUCAAGCAGCAGAAGAACGCCGAUAAGUUCUCCGUGGAUCUCGAGGGUGGUUUGGACAUUUGUCUGAAUGUCGAGGUUAAUCCUAAGGACCCCACCGGCAUCACGGCGCAGUAUAGACUGCUCGUUCCGCGUCUGUUCUGGGAUGACGCGAACGAGGCCGGAGCUCUGCAACAGCCUGCCCCAGCCGGCUUCAAGCGCUUCUUUAGCUUGAAGAAGAAGGACACGGGCCGCCGUCCGUCUCAGGAUGUGGGAAGUGAGGAGCAAUUCGACCGAACUCCUUCCGGCCGGCCGCAGACUGGAAUGCCUCCCACCGGACGGGAAGCGUAUGAUGUGCCAAGGACGGCCGCGAGAUACGAGUCACCCGGGGGCUACGACUCGUCUCGAACAUAUGACUCUUCUCAGCGGUAUGAUUCGCCUGCGAGGUAUGAGCAGCCGCAAGCUGCAGGCGGAAGGAGGUGA